AUUAAUUCCAACACCUAAUACAUCACAAGAUCCUAAGAUCUUACACGAAAUUGAUCGAUAUAUGAUGGACGCCAUGAUAGAGAAUAUAGUGAAAUUUACGCCGGUAUAUGAUGAUGACACUGCGCGAUCACUCGCUCGCGAAUUCACGAGACUUGAAGGCGAGUGCUAUGUGGAUCACGCGGGUGCAACUCUGUAUUCAGAAACGCAGGUCAGGGACGCUAGCGCCAAUCUACAUGGUUCUCUCUAUGGAAAUCCACAUUCCAUUGGGAAUUCACCGACGCACGACAUUAUUGAUCGUAUGAGAUAUCGAAUUCUAAGUCACUUCAAUACGAAUCCUGAUGAGUACACUGUUAUCUUCACCUCGGGCGCCACAGCGAGUCUAAAGAUAGUUGCGGAAGGAUUCCGUUUUACGACGGAUGAAAAUAAUAAGACAGCAACGUCCUUGCAUUCGGGAAGUUUUGUUUAUGUGCAGGACAAUCACAUGUCGGUCCUUGGCAUGAGAGAUGUUAUUGCGGCCAAAGGCGCUGAUGUCAUUUACCUGAAUCAUAAUCAGGCGUUUCAGAUCCUCAGUCAGCCUUCGUCUCCUUGUGAUUCUAACGAGAGACAAAGCAGCAAUUCUCUUUUCGCGUUUUCUGCGCAAUGCAAUUUUUCUGGAUUGAAGUAUCCCCUUAAAUGGAUCAGUGAUGCGCAUGCUGGGUCGCUUUCUAUUUUUGCUAAAAAACCAUCGACCAGAUGGUACGUUCUACUCGACGCAGCUAGCUUCGCAGCAACGAAUAAAUUGGAUUUGUCUAUUUACAAACCAGACUUUGUAUGUCUAUCAUUUUAUAAAAUGUUUGGAUAUCCCACCGGUAUCGGCGCUCUGCUGGUUAAAAACAAAAGCUCAGAUGUUCUAAAUAAAAUAUAUUACGGUGGCGGUACUGUAGACAUCGCUCUGAGUUCUGAAAGAUUUCAUAGAAAACGUUCAAUAUUGUAUGAAAGGUUUGAAGAUGGAACUGUGCCAUUUCUAUCUAUCGUGUCAUUACAAUAUGGUUUCGAAAUACUUUCGAAGCUAACUAUGGAUCAAAUAUCAAAACAUGUAUUUUCUCUCGCCAAAACUCUACAUCACUCUCUAUUAACAUUACACCACUGUAAUGGUAAACCAGUUGUAAAACUCUACUGUGAUUCUGAUUAUGAAGAUCGUAGCUCACAAGGAGGGAUUGUUGCAUUUAAUGUUAUGCGCUCCAAUGGUGAAUAUGUAGGAUACAUGGAAGUUCUAAAUAUGGCAGCAUCAUUUAAGAUACAUCUUAGGACAGGCUGCUUUUGUAAUCCCGGUGCAUGUCAAAGACAUUUAUCCUUUUCGACAAAAGAGAUUCUUAAAUAUUACGAGGCCGGAUAUAUAUGCGGUGGUGAAACAGAUUUGAUAAAUGGGAAACCGAUUGGAGCAGUGAGAAUUUCCUUCGGAUAUAUGUCUACAAUUAAAGACGUUCAGACUGUUUUACUUAUGAUUACCAAAUUUAUUGACGAACCGUGUAUCAGAAAAAUUCCUGAAUGGUGGAAAGAGCGCAAAUUGAGACUUUUUAAAAAUCAUGAGCAUUUUUACAAUUCUAAUGUAGAUUAUUCUAUUCCACGUAUUACAAAAAAAGAGAAAAAUAAUUUUCAGAACAAUUUCCAUAAUGAAAAUGAAAAUCUUGAUCGGAUUAGAAAUUUUAUAAAUUCCAGCAAAAUAAAUAUACAAAUAAACAAAUGUACCUUGCAACGGUUACUUAUAUAUCCUAUCAAAUCAUGUGGAGCAUACGAAGUUAUAGAUUCGUGGAAUUUAAAUUCGAAGGGUCUAGAAUAUGAUAGAGAGUGGACAAUAGUAACAUCUUCUGGGACUUGCUUGACGCAAAAGUAUCAAACGAAUCUAUAUUUGCUUAAACCUAUUAUUCUUAGAAAACAAAAUAUCAUGAGACUAACAUAUCCAGGAAGGCCAACAAUUGACGUUUCUUUAGAAAAUGUUUAUGAAAAGUCAAUGGAAUAUCAAAGCAGAGUACAUGAAAGUAAAGUACAAGGUAUUGAUUGCGGAUCGGAAGUUUCUGAAUGGUUAAGUUUAGCAUUGGGCAAACCAAAUCUUAGAUUAAUUCGACAGAAUCGUGAGAGACAAAAGAAUGAUAAGGCAGAGUUAUCUAAUCAGGCAUCUUAUUUAGCAGUAAACGAAGCAAGUGUAUCAUUGUUUAUUGAUAAAAUAUCUGAUGACUUAAAUUUUCAAAAAGAUAUAGUACAUCAAUUUAGAGCAAACAUUAUUGUGGAAGGUUGUGAAGCCUUUGAUGAAAUGCAAUGGAAACAUGUUCGCAUUGGAAAUAACAAUUUUAAGGUAAAUGACUCUUGCACAAGAUGUCAAAUGAUAGGUGAUCAAAUAAUUGACGAAAAAAUCAUCAAGCAACCAUUGAGAACAUUAACGGAAGAGCUCCAUGGAAAGCUGAGAUUUGGAAUCUGUUUAACUAGAUUGGACAACACGCAGAGUAUACUUAAGAUUGGCGAUCACAUCUAUUGUUCUUAAUAAUUUCUAUAUAAUUAUUUGAAAUUUAUCACGAGCAAAAUA